AUGAUUAUCUACAAGGACAUCGUCACGGGUGACGAAAUCAUCUCCGACACCUACAACCUCAAGAACGUUGACGACGUCGUUUACGAAGUCGACUGCAGAAAGGUCACAAAGGGCGCUGACAACAUCGACAUUGGCGCAAACCCUUCUGCCGAAGAACAAGAGGAGGCGCUCGAGGAGGGGACCAAACAGGUCAUCGAUGUGGUCGAUGGGUUCAGGUUGAACUACUUGGGAGAUGAGUCGAGUGGGCAGAGGGCGUUUCAAACGAAGAAGGAUUUCCAGGGACAACUCAAAGGGUAUUUGAAGAAGGUGGUUGAGAAACUUAAGGAAGCUGGCAAGGAUGAGGACUUUAUCAAGGGGUUCCAGAAGGGCGUGCAGGGAUACUACACCAAGCAUAUCGUGCCCAAUUUCGCCGACUUGGACUUCUACACCGGCGAGUCUAUGGAUCCCGAUGGAAUGGUCGUGUUCCUCAACUACCGCGAGGACGGUGUUACACCGUAUGUUAUUAUCUGGAAGCAUGGCUUGUCCGAGAUGAAGGUUUAG